CAUUACUUAUCGUUCAAAUCAUGGCUACUAUCUGCAUCAUUAUUGUUUGUGGGAUGUGAAAGAUAUUCUAACCAUGCUUUUGGUUCAUAUGAUCUUCCGACAUGAUUUUGGAUUCAUAAUAUGCGUUACAGUUUCGCAAGUACAAGUAGCGUGCAAUGAUUAUCCUAUAUUCUGGGCUGUUUCAAAGAAAGUGCUUGUAUAUUGAAACCUAGGGGAGCGAAAUUUGGGCAGUAAUAUGGUAGAGUGACUUACAAACCAACCACAAAAAUGCCAAGUUGCUGUGUUUUAAAUUGUCUUCAUAAUAGCUUUGGACCAUUCAGAUUGUUUCGUUUCCCAGCAGACGAAGAAAGACGACUAAAAUGGGCUGUUAACUGCGGAAGAAUCAACUGGUUUCCCAAUGAUUACACUCGAAUAUGUGAGGUCCAUUUUGAUGAGUCCCAAUUUGAACAAAAACGACGAGACGGAAAGAAGUUGCUGAAGUGGAAUGCAGUUCCAACAUUGUUUAAUACUUCAGAUCGGCCAAAGGGAACAAUCAAGAGGAAUUUCUGGAGAAAGAAAGACUCAGAAGAUGAAACUUCACCAGAACCCAUUAACAAUGAAGAGCUGAAGAUAGACACUGUUUGUGGCAUUUCAGAAGCACCGGAUGAAAUUGAUAAAACAACAGCCAAACCAAGGAGUUGUGAUAGGCAGGGACCACUGACAGACCAUGAGCAUUUACAAGAGACUGAUGAGAUUUCUUUAAUAAAAGCUGUGCUUGAGAAAAUGGGGCAUGAGGUCCAGUCUGAAAAUUUCCAUUUUGAAUUUAACCAACAUGUUGAAAAUAAGAUAACAAAUGACAGUGUAUCUCCUGCAGUUGCAAAGAAGGUGAAGUCACCAGUAAGAAAGCCACCUUUUAAGCGAUACCCUCCAAAGAGGAUAAAAUUACAAGCGAAGAUUUUAUCAGGGCAAGACUCUAAUGUGACAGAGGAAAUUCCGAGAGCGCAAGAGGAAGCUUGGAAAUGUGCAGAGGAGACAGAUGUGCCAAAGGAAGAGCCUGAAGACCGGGAAGAUGAAUUGGCACAGAUAAAAGCAGAGAUUAAGAAACUGCUAAAAGAGGCCAGUGUUGAUCAACUGUCUGGAAGUCAUAUACUCAAAUCAGCAAUUAUACCUACUAUGUGCACUGUGUCGAGUCUCCCACCAAGAAUAGCCUCCGUCAAGAAACACGUACAAAAUGGGAUGACCGUGGAAGAGACGACUUCUAGCCGAUCUUUCAUUAUUCUGUCUCCACUUUCAACAGAAAUAAGCAUUAAUGGAAGAUGUAAAGAUCAAGACUUUGUUGAAAACUAUACAGUCAUUUCAGAGAAGAAUCGGUGCUUGCCAGUGGAAGUAGGAAUUCAGACGGACAACGUGACAGAUGUGGAAGUAGUUUCUCGACUAAAAGCAGAAGUUGAGCUACUGAAGCAUCAGCUUGCUGAGAAGAAUAAAAAAAUUCAUCAGCUUGAGCAGCGACUGGCAGCAAUUCUCCAGCCAGGUCAAGUAUUGCUGUUACAGAAAUUUGGCAGCAAUUUAAGUGGUGCAAAGAAGUUUGUUAUUCUUGGCAAGCAGCCCGGCAAAAUAGCUGCUGAAAAAGUGAGCUGACAUUUAUAUUACCCUCCAGCCCAACAUUUGUUUGCUAUCGCUGAAAUCCUUGAUGUUUCCGGAAUAUUCAGGGUUCUGACAUCAUCUGGAAAGGAAAACUUUGUUUUGAUUAUGUAAGAAAACAUGAAAUUAAGUGCUAUAUUUAUAGAAAGUUCAGAAACAAUUGCUUCCAUGUGACUGUGUAAAUGAACUAGCAUAAUAAACACGUAAAAAAUAA